AUGUCAAAUCCACUCUCACCCCUCUCAUCCUCCUACCAGAACGCGCGCGCACAAUCUCAAAUGGCGAAUUCUUCGCCCUUCCUUCACAAGACCCUUGACCAGCCCUCGGAACAAGUUAUUCCCUCAAGCCCAUUGAAGAGAGAAUGGACAAGCCAUGCCGUGCCGAGUCAAGAUGCCUAUGAUGAAAACGAAACCUACCCUAACGACCCCGAGAACGAGAAUGAACACGAGAAUGACGAUUUCAACGAUGCUGAAUCAUAUCAACAAGGUGCCAGCUCACCGUUCCAGUUUGACGGAUGCGAAGAUACUGUGGAUUUCCAGAAGCUGCGAGAAAUGCGACAGACCUCAUCCCAAUCACACCCACAGCUUGAACCACUAGAGGAGGAGAGCCCUGCAAGCUCCCCAUUCCGUCCGCAUGUGGCAGAGGAUACAGCUGAUUUUCGAGGGUUGCGCGAGGUGCAACCCAUGUCACCUGGCUUGGAUAAGCGGUUGGCCCUAGAGGAGCCAAUGAGCUCCCCCUUCCGUCCUAAUGCCAUUGAAGAUACAGUGGAUUUCCAAAAUAUGCACGAGGGUCAACAGUCGUCUCCUCUGCCAUGCCCACAGCUUAAGUCAUUGGAGGAGGAGAGCCCCGGAAGUUCCCCAUUCCGGCCUCAUGUCAGAGAAGAGACAGCGGGUUUCCAAAAACUGCACGAGGGCCAGCCUAUGUCUCCUGGAUUAGGAAGGCGGCUAGCUCUAGAGGAUCCGGAGAGCUCCCCAUUCCGCCCUGAGGCGCGGGAAGAGACAGUCGACUUUGAUCGCUUGCGCGAAAUGCAGAAUGACUCGCCGAUUCCUAAAGCGCGGCCAUUGCCCGAUCCCGCUAGUUCGCCUUUCCGCCAUGAGGCAAAAGACGUGAGAGCCGAACCAUCCGAUCUGCAUGAGAUAAAACAAGCUUCACCAAUGGUGUCUAAGUAUUCUUCGCCUGCUGUGGCACUGAAUUCGCCCGUCCGCCCUGAAGCAUCAGAGACGGCUGAUUCCCCGAAGCCACACGAGUUGAAGCAAGACUCACCGGUGGCAUCUAAGCGUUCAUCCUUUGCUGCAGAAUUGAGCUUACCCGUCCGCGACGCAGCGCCAGAGGCAGUUGAUUCCCCCAAGGUACAUGCCCAUGCGGAGCCACCAGUAGCAUCCAACUCCUCUUCCCCUAUUCCAGUACCCACUUCAAAGGAAAAUACUCUUAAUCCUCGCAAGUCGCGCCGGAUAUCUCGUGCAUCACUUGGGCUUAACCAGCGGCCGGUUGCUGCAACUCCCCGCAAAAGAUCGUACGACCAAACACCUCAGGACUUGGAGGACGAUUUACAAAUGAGUGAGCGCCAUAAGAAGGGUAUGGUAAGCCGACCAGAUGCACCAGCGAUUCACAUCGAUGUCGAAGAGGAGCCUAGUGUAGUCCACGACCAGAGCGUCCUUUCCGCUACGAGUGCUGCCCACGACCGAUCAGCAAUUGGCAACAGCAUGAUUGAGGACAAGCACAACGAAGGGAUGAGCACGGUACUUCAUGAAGAUGGCAACAAAGAAAAUAUUUCACUCGAGAAUUCGAUGGCUGACGACUCAAUGGAUGACACUUGUUUGAGCACGUUUUCCGCCAUGCCUGAUAUGACUACAUUUGCAAAGCUCCGCGCCCAGUCGCCGAUGAAGUCAAUGCGAGGCAGUGUCGCCCCCAGUCCAGCUCCCACUACGGAUGGGCAUCGACACAGUAUCGAUCCGACCACCCCGGGCACAGGGCGCAGGGCAUACAGAGCGAGUGCCUAUCUAGAUGGAAAUUCACCUAUGGGAUCGCCUACGCCGAGGCCCAGAGGCCCGCGGGACAUGGCUAAUCCAGCUGACUCCGCCAAUUUGCUUGAUUUCACCGAUCAAAUGAACUUCUUCCCCAUGUCAUCACUGUUGGACUUUGAUAUUCCAGCUGCACCUACCCCUCGAUCCAUUCCCACAGUCACUCCCCGUGAAUUGGAGUCACUGAAGUCCGGCUUCUUGUCUGAGAUAUCUUCGCUCAAAGCCACUCUCAGCGGCAAAGAGGCUGAGGUUGCAAGCCUAAAGCAAGCAGUGGCAGAUGCGGAGAGACGUGUUGGUGAGGCUCUGGAAGAAGUACGCAACGAAGCCGCCGGCAAAGAGGUGCUGGAAAUGGAACAGGCCGAGUGGGAGCGUCGAGUCAACGAGAUGGAAACUGUUCUGCGGUCCGCCCGAUCCGAAUUAGUGGAGGGGGAGCGUGAGCGUGAUCGCCUGUCCCGAAAGGCCGAAGAGGCCGAAAAGAUCAAGGAGAACUUAGAAGGCAAAGUUGUCGAGCUCGAAAGCCAGCUUUCUGCUGCACGCGCUGCGACUGCUUCUAGCAAUGGUACAGCUAGCUCAUCUCACCAGUCUGCCCACUCACAGUCUGUGCACUCAGCUGAAGACACUGCGCGAGAAGUUCAGGACGCAGUUGAAAAGGUCGCUCGCGAGCUUCAUGUGCUCUACAAGGGAAAACAUGAGACCAAGGUUGCGGCUUUGAAAAAGAGUUACGAGUCUCGCUGGGAGAAGCGUUUGCGUGAGGCGGAGAAGAAGCUCACUGCUGCACGCGAGGAAAACGAAACUCUCCGUGCCGAACGUGAUGCUGCGCAAUCUGAUUCGACAGCCGCGGCUAACACCAGUCUCGUCGCUCGCGAGAAUGACGAGCACGAGGCCGAAAAGCGUGUCAUGGAGGCCCAGAUCAAGGGUCUACAACGAGAAAUGGCUGCUCUUAAGGAUGACACUGAGCGAAUCCGUGCAAAUCUGGAAUCUGAACGCGCCGAGAAGGGCGAGCUUGUUGCUGCUGUUGAUGAGUGGCUAGCCAUGCAGCAGGCGCCUGCCCCAUCUCAGCCUCGAGACCGCGAGCCGUCUGUGGCAUCUUCAGUGCACAAUGACCACAUUGACGAGCCAGCUCAGCCAUCCCGCGAAGUCACACCCGAUGACUUCCGUCGCAGUGUCAGUCGUUCUGUGUCUGGAAGCGUCCGCCCUCCUGCCACUACGGAAAAGAGGAUCCCUAGGUUCGGUGCUCCCAGCGGUCAUUCUCGUGGUAAUAGCGGUGGCAGAUCUGGCAUUGCAAUGCCUACUCCCGGCCGAGGUGGGAUCAUGAGUUCAAUUGAGAGGAUGGGCCGAGGUGGUGUUUAG